GAUGUGGACAGUCGUCGAAUCAUGUAUCCUGACAUGUUUGCUCUGAUGUCCGAUCUUCAAGAUAUGGGCGAGUCCGCUUCCUCUUGGAAUCGCCCUCUAUCUCUUAAUCGUGAUGCUCUCUUUGCUGCUGCCUCGAUAUACAAUGGUAAAUCUUAUAUUUAUUAA